AUGCAGGACUUGUCAGACUCGCACUCCGAUUCGGAGCAGCGGAACAUCAAGCUUGAAUACGAACAAUACAGGGAAAAGACGGAGCGCGAGUUGAGAAAGCUUGUGAAGAAGCAGCAAAUGGCAAAGACUUUUGCUCGGGAGAAGGACAUGAAGUGCACAGAAAUGGAAGAUGAGCUUCGGCAGGAACAAGAAAAGACGAAGCGACUGGAAAAUUUGAACGCAGAGCUCCAGGAUCAGCUCAAGCAAUUGAAGGAACAACUACAGACAGCUAAUGCAGAGAAGGAGACCGCAGUCGAGGAGCUGGUGCGGAGCAAGAGGGCGUUCGGAACAUCGGGAUAUCGUCGAGCAGAGAAGCCUGAGCCAGAAGUAUUGAGGUCACGACGAGCGAGGGACAAGGUCGAAGAGCCACAGAAGGACGCCCUGGGCGACAACAACACAUCAAAUGAGACACCACCAGGACCUACUCCCGCACCAGGCCGAAGACCGCGAUUACAAGACCUCCAAACACGAACAACAGCAGAUUCAAAAGUACCAUCACCACCAACAUCCUCAACCCUCUCCCGAGCAAAACCAGUCCCAAGUCCAACAUCGCCCAAACCCACUCGCUCCACUCCGCCGGUCCUCCCGUCCAACGCUCUCGGAGCACUCAGCAUCAAUACUCUCCCGCAAGACACCCUUUCCGUCGCUCUCUCAAUGGGUCUCCAACCACCCUCGCCCGAACGAGAAACUCGCGCCGACUCACCCCUGCGAUCUCCGAAGAUCAAAGACCACCCACUCCCACCACCUCCGAAAGACGCAGACAAAGACGACUGCGUCAAGUUCGAGUUUCCGACAAUACCUGAUUCAUCUCCUUCAACUUGGGAACGUCCAAAUAUCCUCACUGGCUCACCGGUUCCUGUUCGACCUCUGGCGAUGCGGCCUGCACGACGUUCUCCUCCGACAGUGGCGAAGGAGAAUAUCUCACCGGCUACGGCGAUCAAGGUGAGCAAACGAAGUGACGGGACAGGACAGGAGGAUGAGUUCAAGCCGAGCGCGGCGUGGGCGAGGAUUAGUGCUCCUGCUGUUGAACGCGCGAAGUUGGCAGCCGUGACGUUGACAGCUGUUGAGGUGAAAGGCGAGGACAAGGCGAGAGAGGAGAGGAUGGCGAUCGCGAGGGCGAAAAUCAUGGCGAGGACUGGGGCGAGACAGGUUUCUGGUUGA